AUGGAUGAUCAUACAGCAAAAAAUGAACAAGAUGUUCAUCAAGUUGAACCAAAUUUAUCUUUUAUUGCACAAAAUGAAACUGUUAGUACCACGACUAAUAUGUCACCACCACCUUCUCGUGCUGUUCCGAGCUCAUCACGACCUAGUACUUUACAACUUACUGGACAACGUAUGGCUAAUUCGAUCUUAUUAACACCGAAUGAUUAUAAUAAACUUUUAUUAAGUACACCAGAAUUAGAUGAAAAAUUACGGAAUUAUACUAUUGUUUCAAAUACAACACCCACUGUUCAAUUACAAACACCGGAUUUAAUUAAUGCUAUCACAAAUCAAUCAGGAAAUAAUAUAACAUUUGCUUCUGAUGGACAACCUUCACCAGGUGUAAAAAUUCUUGAAGAAUUACUUAAUUCACAUCAACAACAAACUCAUACAGAUAAUACACCUCGUCAAUAUAUUGUUUUACAAUCUGAUGAUCAUCAUCUAUUUCAACAAUUAUCAUCUGUUCGUGAUGAACAACGUCUUACAACAAAUAAUGAACAAUUAAAUCAAUUAGCUCAAGCUAUUCAAAAAGCAAUAACAGGAACAACACCAACAAGUGCUGAUCUACAAAAUCAAACUCAAGGGCAUGAAACAUUAUUAACAUACAUUACAAAUCGUAUGACACCACAACAACAAGGACAAGAUAUAAUAGCACGUAAUCGUUCAAUAUCAUCAUCAAUGGAUACAUCAAUGAAUGGUAACGAAUCAUCAAAUUCAACGAUAUCAUCAACAGCACCAAGUCCAAUGACAACACAUAUACCACAUAAUACAAUUAUGUUAAAUAAAGUUAAAGAUGAACCUCAACAUGUACCAACAUUAAGAACAAAUAAUACAAAUUCAUCAAUUGAACGUAUCAGUUUAGAACAAAAUGAAGUAUUAAAAAAAGAAAAAAAACGUGAACGAAAUCGACAGGCAGCCCAAAAAUGUCGUACACGAAAAUUAACGCGUAUUGCUGAAUUACAAAAACGUGUCAAUGAAUUACAAGAAAAAAAUAAAGAUUUAUCGAGUACAGCCGAUCGUCUUAAAACGGAUAUAACAAGAUUAGAAAGACAAUUACAAGAACAUCAAUUACAAGGAUGUACAUUAAUGACAACUGGAUCCGUUUUAUCAUAG